AGCUGCGUAGUAGCGAUACUUGUAUGUGAAUAUCAAUGUGUGUAAGUAUGCGUGUGCGCGACGUCUCGAAACAAAGGAAUGUAAUCUGUUCAGUUAGCGGUCUGGUAUGGAAGAAGAAAUUCCAUUGGGCGAUUUAACAAAACAAUGGAGAAGAAUCGUUAGAAUAAUCAUCGCUCCUCAAAGCAAAGGCAUUUCUCGUGAAGAAAAUGUGCAGUUCCAGGGAUGAGACAGAACGGUUCAACGUGGAAAAAGAGAGCGUUCGCUCGUCGACGAGACGGAAGAGUGGGUGGAGGAGGCAGUGGCCAAGGGGGUGGUAUAGAAAGGUUGGUUGGAAAACCGGUGGCGCGAGCCUGCAGACAGCUCUCAGCGCGGAAGGAAAAUAGCCGAUACCGUUAGAAGGGAAAACCAAGAAGAAAAGAGAAAAUAGACGAGGGGGCAAGGGGUGCAAUGGUAAAGAAAAAGAGAAUGUUGGAUGUUACCGGGCAACGGGAAUAGCCGUGGAAUGACGCUGAUCAAUUUUUCGCUUUGGUGUCUGGGAAGCUGGACCGUGAACCGAUUCCGCAUCGUUUCUGCUGAGAUUUAUUCCCAGUUGUCAUGAAAUAAAAAUAAAUCAGAAUUCCCAACUAUUUGAUGUAUUUGACAAUCGGUUGACGCCCGAGAUGUAUAAAAUUUGUUUUUCCACGAGAUGACUUUUAAUUGGAAAAACGUAAGAUAAUAGAGGAACUGGAAAAAUGUCAUUUCCAUAGAAAAAUAAUAAUUGCAUAUGCAUAUGCAUAUGCAUAAUGCAUAUUCCGUAUUGAAAAUGUACAUUUACAAAUGUUCGCAUUUUAAACAAUUUUGAACAUUUAAAAUUUUUCAUAAAGCUACACUAUAUUUAAAUUUCAUUUAAAUGUAGUGGCUUACAAUAUUCAAGUAAAAUUACUUGACAUUUUGAUGAACGUCGAGUUACAGAAUAUUUGAACGCAAUUAUGAAAAUAUACAGUUACAAAAUAUCCCUUAGUUGAAUUGUAUUUGUGAAUUCAUCACGGGGGGCCCGGUCAUUGUUUACAUGCAACAGGAUACCUGAGAGACAGUAUUAUCCUAAAUUCUGGAUUAGCAAUUCUGAGCUUAUCACUCUGUCAUCUCGUAAUUUGUCUAACCUUGACUAGAUCGAAGAAGUUGAUAGAAAAAUUCUUUAAGAUUAUUGCGAGGCGAGAGAAAAAUUAUUCGAGAAAUAAGACGAAGUCCAGGAAAAUGAAGCAAAUACGAAAACAACGUCAACUUGCCCUAAAAAAUUUAUUUAUAAAAAUAGUUUUCCAAGAACACAAUAUUUAUUGGAGAAAGAAAACAGUUAAAUCGAAUGGACGAUCAGGUGUGCGAGAAAUAAUACAAGAUACAAAAAGAAUAUUCCAAGAUCAUUCCAGAUUAUUCCAAAUAUUCCAGACUCACUGCAAGAUGUUAUUUGUAUAAAGUAAUAAAAUUGUAUUAGGGGCAUACACGUUUUUAUGGGCUCUACGUUACUGCUCUAAGUUAUUCAACGAUAAGAGGAUUAGUGAAAAGUUUUGUACAGCCUAUUGUCUGGGAAAUUCUAAGCGAUGACUACUUUGUCCCCUCAGGCCCCAAUUGCAGUAGAUCGAGUGUGGUCGACAACGCCCCCAAAAGGCAAAAGGGUUUACCUUCGGAAAAUCGAUGGUUCUGAUUGGUUGGGCCCGAUGGGCAGCUAGAAACUAUAAAUUGGCAAGAAAUACUUCGACUUUAUUCAGUAGUGCCUAAAACUUUACCUAGUGAAGAUUUCAAGUAAACUAAGUAGAGAACUAGUCGAAAAAUAGUUGCCAUUUCGAAGACAUCAGCAAAGCAAGGGAGAUGAACAAUUAUCCAUCGGAGAAUAACAUGGCCGGCAACAACUCGCCUAUGUCGUCGAGGAGCAUCGAAUCUUCAUCCGUUUCGCCUGCAUCCAGCUACAAUAACGAUUACUACGCUACAUACCAGAAUAGCUUGCCUGUAUACUAUAACGGACAAAUCUUGUGGGAGAUGAACGGGCGCAGGAACGAUAUGUGGAUGAACGAAGGACGAAUGGAAUACAUGCAGCAUAUACAGGCAACAACGCAACAGAGACCGGGAAUAACGCAACAGGCACCGGCAAUAAUGCAACAGGCACCGGCAAUAAUGCAGCAGGCACCGGCAAUAAUGCAGCAAGCACCGGCAAUAAUGCAGCAGGCUCCGGCAAUAGUGCAACAGGCACCGGAAAUAAUGCAACGGGCACCGGCAAUAGUGCAACAGGCACCGGCAAUAGUGCAACAGGCACCGGCAAUAAUGCAGCAGGCACCGGCAAUAAUGCAGCAGGCACCGGCAAUAGUGCAACAGGCACCGGAAAUAAUGCAACGGGCACCGGCAAUAGUGCAACAGGCACCGGCAAUAAUGCAGCAGGCACCGGCGAUAGUGCAACAGAUACCGGCAACAAUGCAACGGGCACAGGCAACGACGCAACAGGCACAGGCAACGACGCAACGGGCACAGGCAACGAUGCAACAGGCACAGGCAACGAUGCAACAGGCACAGGCAACAGAGCAGCGCAGUGGAGUUCCUACUGUAGCAAGGAGGAAUUUGUCAUCAGCCAAAGAACAAAAAAGAAAAACGACUAAACGUUCCCGAACGGCAUACACCAGUGCGCAAUUAGUUGUGUUGGAGAAAGAAUUUAACGGUAUGCAUUACCUGUGUCGUCCACGACGUAUUGAAAUGGCAGCAUCACUCUCCUUAACUGAAAGACAAAUCAAAAUCUGGUUCCAAAAUCGCAGAAUGAAGCAUAAAAAGGAUCAGGUUUCAAAAGCUGAAUCCAAUGUCGAAUCUGCGAUUUCCACGGCUGCCUUUUCAAACAAUAUGACCAAUAGCGCACCGAUCGCCAAUUGGAACGUUGCAAACUUAGCGACGAAUAAUAUUACGCACGCGUAUACGACUAACGCCGCAACCAUUCCACAAGCACAACCAAGAUCAUCUUGCAUGUUCAAUAAUCCCCCCCAAUAUGGCAGUCAACAUAUAUACGUUCCUGAGAGCGCGGUUUACUACUCUAAUCAAGGUUUGUCAACACAACGUCAGUUGCCAGACCGAUAUCUCAACAACAUACAUCAACCAUACAAUUAUACGAUGUACAAUGCACAACCGCGAUACGAAAGUCAAAUGCAACAUCCACAGCCAGAAAAUGCAAAUCAUAUACAACAAUGUUCGUAUAUGGUUCCAAUGGAGAACGCGCAUCAGUAUCAUUACAAUGUGGAUAACAACGUUCAACAGCAACCGGUGGAACAGCAACCGGUGGAACAGCAACCGGUGGAAAUGCCAGACGUAAACAAUCAUAUGCAGGCUAGUACGUCCAAUGCAUCAAAUUCUGCAGAAGCGGGUUUAAGUUUGGAGGAUGUGAUUCGCAGCAGUCUGGCGGAUCUUACAGAUUUAUUAGAUUUGUGAAUUAUGUAAAUAUAUAUAAAAGGACUUAUAUGUAAGGACUUUCGAUUUCAUAAAUUUAGUAAAUUUCUGAAUUAUGUAAAUAGGUAGACAAAUUUGUAAAUUAUGUAAAUUUAUAAAUAAAUUUGUACAUUAUUUCAAUUUUAA